AGUAUGCGCUUCAGGACGCAGCCUCGGUCUGGAUGCACACCACGCCGUUACAGUGAAAGCGAGUCCAGCUAAUGUAGACACACAUAGGCUGCGUUUCAGAGCGUUAAACAUGGGACGGAAGUUUUGAAGUAGUAUUUGUCCAUUGUUUUUUCUAUAUAUAUAUUUAUUUAUUAUACUCACGUGUCGUUGGUUUCUUCCGACUAGAAAUGGCCGGUUUGAAAAGGCAGCGAUCGUGGCAUGAAGACUUCCCGAGGAACUUUUUGAGACUGUUUUCAAGAAAUAAAUCGGGAGAGCAAGACAGAACAGACCCGGAGGGUGAAAACCGUGAGAAACUCGACGAUGACAGCACUUCCAGCCAGUCCAGUGAGGCAGACUCGCGUCUCUCACCUGAACAUCUCCUGAACACGUCAUCUGGUGUAGAGGCACUGGAGCACUCGGAGCAGGACGGGGCACUGGAGGGAGACGGUGUGUGUGAUCACGAGGGCAGCGUUCAGGGGGAUGCGGAGAGCGACCCUCCUACCAUCACCCCCCCUGCCUCUGAGCCUUGUUCUCCACUGCCCCCUGUAGAUAGCUUCUUCAGGCGCUUGGGCAGCCUGUUUCUUUUCACUCGAGCUCAGCCUGGAGAGGAGGACACACAGCAUACAGCAAAGCAAGAUGCAGAGACAAGUGUGGAAAAAGAAGAGCACACACAGUUACUGAAGCUUCACGAGGUGUCUCAGUGUACUGCAGGUCCGGAGGUUAAAGCUGCAAUUCAAGCUGAGCAAGAUGUUCAAGGCACACAGCUGCAGGAGGUGGCUUUGUCUGAAAAGGAUGGAAAUACAGCAAUAGAGAACCUGUCUGCUACUGUGGAAGAAGAGAACGAGGAGUUCGAGAAAGAGCAGGAGCGGCGCCGUGCUCUGGCAUGCCCCCCUGUGGUAACACAUGUGACAUACCGUGGCCUUAGGAAGAUCAGGAAGAUGAAGAGGAACCAGGAAGUUCGACUCCACUCCCCAAUCUCAGAGGGAGAGGAGGGGCAUUGCGAAGUUGAUGUGGGUCUGUCUGCUUCAGAAGAAGAAGAAACAGAGCAGAAUGAGGCAAAAACAGGCAGCCAUGUCGUAGCUUCCCCUCUGGAGAUCCAUUCAGGGCAGUCUAACCCGAAAACUUCCUUAUCUUCAAACAGUGUAAGCUCUGAUUAUCAAAGCUUUGCUUCAGUGGGCUCUUCCACUGUAACCCCCAACACUUGCAGUACAGCAGAGACAGAUGAAAUGCACAGCGCUCUGAGCUCAAGUGCCUUACAGACAAGUACCGAGGCCAAUAUAAAUUAUUUAGACUUUGAUCCAAUGGUAACUGGUAAGAUGUUGUGUGCUAAUAAAAAUAGUGCCUGUAGGUCUGCUGUUUUAGAGGCAAUUGUUGAUGGUGAAGCUCAUGUCCAUGAGCCAUCCGAGUCUGAAUCUGUACCUCUGACAAUGGAAUCGGACCUUGAGGCUUGUCUACAGUCAGAGUCUCACUAUACUGAUGAGCUGAUGUUUCAUUUUUUAGCUGAAACCCCAGAUACACCCCAAACGCAGCCGUCCAAUACUAAUACUGCCACAAACUUAAACACUCAUUUUGCUAAAAUUAACACUGCCUCCAACUUGCACACAAACUUCACUGGUUUGAAUAUUGCUCCUGAUUCCUGCCCAGAUAGCCAGCUGUCUAGUUCUGGCCUAGAUGGAUGGGACCAUAAGGAAACUCGAACCCCUACGCUAUCAUCUGUAGCAGAAACGUCAGGACAUACUGCCUGGCAGGCAGAGUUCAUCUUGGAGAAUGAAGACACACAGCAGCUGGGUAUAGAUGGAGAGACACUACAGCUGGAGUCCAAAAAGAUAGUAGAAAGCAUUCUCACAAAUGCUCUGGCUGCCCUGGAGAGGAUUGACAUUUCUGAGCGAGAAAAUGAGGCUCUAUCAAGAGAUGAGUUUAUUGAGGGUAUGGAGAAUCUCAUUUUUAUGGAUGCAAAGGAGAGCAUGGAUGGAGCAGCCAGCUUGGGACAGGCAUUGAGAGAACAUUUGCCUGUUCAUGGUGAUGAAAAUCCCCAGUCAUCCAUCUCAGAUGGGACUUUGGGCAGCAGGAUGCAGGCAGAUGGGAGUCGGUCCACCCCCUCCUCAGGCUACGAGUCCAUUGCUGGUUCAGACACAGACAUCCGGAACAGCGGGUCUAUUAGUGCUGAUAUUACCUCCACUUGUGGACUAUUCAGCAUGCAGGAACUCAGAGAGGAAGCAGUGAGCGGAUGUUACCCACAUGAGCUGGAGCUGUGUAUGGAGAGGAAUUCUGCCUCUCAAAAUAAUAGACAGGACUCUCUGCAUCACAAUACUUUACUGCUUGGAGUAAAUCCUGAAGAGAUGGGAGAACCUGCCAAAACUGAGACAAACAAUGAACAAUUACCUAAAUAUGUUCUUACUGUUAGCAAUAUAACAUCUGUACAGCCAGACACAUUUGGCACUUUAUGUGAGGUAAACAAAGGGCAGGCACAGUGUGUUGUGGGCGAGUAUGUUUGUUUUUCACAGAAAAAGAAUGACACGGAGCAACAGUAUUCAGCCAAAGACAAUCCAGAAAGCAAUAAUCAUGGUCAUGCAUUGCACUUGAACUCAGGUGAUGUAUCUACAAUCAUUAACGCUGUGGAAUCAAGCCAGGUAGAGGGCAUUCGAAAAUGCUUACCUCAAGUUGAAGUAAGUAACCCAGAUUCAGAACAUCUAGGUGAAAAUAAUGUAGUUCCAAUCCAAGAUUUCUCUAGAAAAGAAGACAAGCCAAAUCUGUCGGUGAUCCAAACCCAAGCAUUUGACAACAUCACAGAACCUCAUCUGGUCAGUUGUGAGAAUUUAAACAAGUCCAUAUUGGCUGCUCAGGAUAAACAAAGUGGAGAUACACAAGGGUCAUCGAACUAUGUUGGCACAGGGGAGCUAAGCUUAGCCCCAGAUGUGGGAUCUUUAGCUUAUGCAGUUGAGCAUGGACUGGACAGUAAGACCCAGGAGGAAGAGAAGGUCUCUGCUGACCCACAACCUCUUCGGUUGCCCAAUUCAGACACAUUAGCUGAUUCCAGCGAUGACCUUGUGUGUUUCCGAGCAGUUAAAGUCACUGUUAAUGAUGACCAGAGCCAGGAAGAUGAUGAAUGCCAGUCAGAUUCCUCAAUCGGAUCGAGCCUACACAGAGCAGCUGGUAGGCUGGCAGCCAUUCCUGUCUCAUCUAGACCUCACUUGGAUCUCCCUGGCACCUUUGCCAUCAUCAGUGAGGAGGAGGAGACUGAUACAGUGUUUGUGAAUGACACAGGGCCUCUAUUGAGUCCAAGUACACGCCGGGUCAAGAUAUACCCCUUUUCCCUUUCCCCAAUAUAUGAAGAAGACAGUGGAAGAGAGGAUGCCUCACGGGAUGAUGUGCUACAUGUGCCUCCAGCCACAGAGGAGGAGCAGCGGAGUGUGGAACAGCAAGCUUCUUCCAUCCUUUCGCUCCUGCAGUCUGUCAGCGAGAGGCUGCAAUCAUCCACCUUUAGUAGCUCUGAGACAGAGCAGGAUAUGGAAGACAGGCCAGAUGAACCAGAGUACCCACAGCAUUUUCUCAGACCCCUUUGGGAUCGCUAUGAUGAUAAUGAUGAUGAUGUCACUGAUAGCGAGUCAGGCUUGCUGCUACACCAACAGCUCACAGGGACAACUUUCCUCAGUACAGAAGCUCCAAAGGAGGAGGGUUCUCCACCCAACCAUAGUCCACAACAGAAAACCAGUGAAUCACAGGAUGGAGAUUUGGGGGGAAGCCAUUGCGAAACCACUCUGACCAGUGCUGUGAGGACUGCCAAUACUCCAUUUUAUCAGUAUUUGAAAUCCAACAUAGUGCCAUCACUUGCCACAGAGACACUAGAGCGUAAAGCUUUUCCUAAUGGUGAAAGUUCAACUGUUACUUCCAUGGUAGAGAUGGAAGGGGUUGGAAAAGUCAAUCCACGACCUACUUUGCUGCACAUCUACGAGAGCCUGGCACCAUAUGGGAAAAGGAUUGAGAUCUGUGGGGACGUGGAGGAUGUAGGGGGAAUUUUGUUUCCACAAGAAGCCACAAUCCAGGCCCAGAGAGGGUGCUGGCUGCUGUAUGUGGAGCCGAGAUACCAGGGGUCUUGCAUCCUGCUUGAGGAGGGACAGACAAUACAGACCAGUGGAGAGACAAGAGAGAAAGACGGACCUCCUGCUACAUUGUCUGUAGGCUCCAUCAGGAGAGCAAUAAAGGAUGAUGCUGUUCCAGAGAUUCAUCUCCAUUUAGAGAGUAUCAAGAAGACUGAGCCGGUUUGUCUCCACUCUGAAGCUGACGACAUAGACGCACAUGUCCCUGUCCACCUCUCUGACCUCAGUGUGUGCUCCGGAUGCUGGGUGGCCUUUGAUGGUGCUGGAUUCACAGGAAAUCACACGGUCCUGGAAGCUGGAGGCCUGACCACACCCGUUCUACAGAAUGCUCCCAUCUCCUGUGUGCGGUCACUACGUCCAUUGAGAAUGGGAGGUCUGAGAGUGCGAAGACCUCUUGAUCCGAAGAUGGUGAUGUACGAGAAGCAACUCUUUCAGGGUCAGUGCAAGGAGCUACUGGAGAACACACCCUGCCUAGAAACUGCUGAGGGAUUAAUACACAUCUCCUCUCUACGAGUCACUGGAGGAGUGUGGGUGGGCUACUCCUCUGAAAACUACAGAGGGCAGCAAUGUCUGUUGGAGGAGGGCGAGUACAGCGACUGUACCACACUCUUUAGUGGACCAGGAAAUGUUCUAAGAUCCUGCCGCUUCCUUCAGGCUGAUUUCAUUGAGCCUGCGGUUACUCUGAUUAAUUGUGAAGAACAGAUUGAGCUUGUGGACCAGGAUGUGGCAGACCUGCAGCAGACUGGGCUAGUGAAUCAAGCUAACACCAUCCAUGUUCUAAGUGGAGUGUGGGUAGCCUACAGUGGGAGAUGUUUCACAGGAGAACAGUGCGUUCUCGAGAAGGGCCGAUACUCUGGAUCACUAGACUGGGGCGGCAGGCAGAGUUCACCUCUCUCUAUCCGGGCUGUACGGAGGGAGCUUUGUGGAGAAAAGGAUCCAAAGUUCAUGCUGCAUGCCUACAGCAAACCGUGCUUUGCGGGAGAGAGCAGAGAAUUUGUAAGUGAAGUGGCAGACAGUGGAAUGUUAAAUCCCACGUCAUUACGAAUAAUUCAGGGCAGGUGGUUGUUAUAUGAUGAGAGGGGUUUCUGUGGUAACCAGUUUGUCCUUGAAGAGGGCCUUUAUCCAGACCUCACCUCCUUUGGCUGCAUGGCAACAACCAUCAAAUCCUUCAAACCCAUUCAAUACAACUUCUCAGAGCCCUCCAUCAGUCUUUUUUCACUGAGCUCAUUUGAGGGAUUGGAGACUAUGACAGAUUCACCCAUGGAGAUCAUGAGCAACUUCUUUACCCAGUCUCUUAGAGUCAACAGUGGCCUAUGGGUGGCGUACGAAUUCAGCCAGUUUAAGGGGCGUCAGAUGCUGCUGCAGACGGGCGAGUAUCCAUGUUGGAGCGAUUACAGUGGCUGGGACACCAUCGGCUCUCUCCACCCACUUAGACAGCGAAGGGCGUAUGUGCAGGUGCAGAAUCAUGCUCUGGGGAUGGCACUGACUGUAGAGAAAACCGGGGAACGCCCAUGUCCUGCCAGACUCUCACUGCGUCCUUCUGAACACUCACUAGACACACAACACUGGGUGUACACACAGUCUCAGCUCAAGAGCAAGGUGGGGAAGGGCUGCAUGUCUGUGAUUGGUGGGAAAGCCUGUGUGGGCGCCAGAGUGGCUUUGUGGGAAGAGCAUGGGAGACUGAAUCAAAAGUGGAGUUUAAAUGAAAAUGGGACGAUCUCCUCUCAUUUAAACCACAGCUUAGUACUGGACCAGAAAGGUGGGAGUGGAAUAGACAAGGACCACCUGAUCCUGAACGAAUUUUGUCCUGAUAGAGCCACACAAUUCUGGGACAUAGUGGUGCUUUAGUGCUGAAGCCAAGAAUCAGUUUCACUGAAAAAUGCUGGACAGUUUUCAAACUAAACUAAACAGCACUGCCUCCACCCAGCUAAAGAGGAACAGGCUGAAAGGUCAAAAACCACUGUUCCUUAAAACUGAGCCCUAAGAAGUUCAGUCAUCUUCUGCUUCUUGAGCCUAACAUGUGAAAUUGUUCAACCAAUUUACGUUCAGGCAGGUUAUAAGCAAAAUCAGGUGUUUCAGGCGUUGGCAUCUAAACCAGACAUCUGAUGUCAAUGCAAAGCUUGGAGGUUGUCUUUGUGCUGAAGCUUGGAAUAAAACACUGACGCCCUACCUGAAUGAGGAGGAAAGCCUGUUUAGGGACAUGUAAUUUUUAACAACCAAAACCACUACACAAGUCUAUGACUAUACAAUGGCAGAAUACCUGAGGAGAAAGAGCUGUGUGCAGUUCCUAUUUAUAUAUAUAUAUAUAUAAAAGAGUAUGAAUUGUAUGCUUGCUUUUUUUUUUUGUUGUUGUUCUCCCAAAGCACAUUUGCACUACAAAGAUCCUCACUUGAACAGGAGUGGCCCUUUCAUAAGUUUAGAGCGUUCCCCCUACGCACUGUUACCGGAUAUAACAAAUGAUGUCCUCUUUCAGGCUCAAAUGAUGUCAAAACUCCCUUUACUCAAAAAAACAAGUCAAGAGCAAGUGCUUACUUCUCUUUGUCAGGCUAUGUACAGAGAAUUAUUUAAAGCUGGUCAUAUCACUGGAUUUAAUCACUGAACACUGAGUGUAUGAUAUUCAGGAAAAGAUGUAUGUAUUGAAUGACAUGCAAAGAAUAUAAUGUGUACAGUUAAAUAAGCUCACUGUUUUUAAAUGUUAUUGAUAUUAAAGAUGUAUUACA